AUGACCACCUCUUUGACCAUUCCCUCUGCAUGCGAUUUCCAUUUGCAUCUUCGUCAAGGCGACAUGAUGCGUAUGGUCACUCCCAAAGUCGCUGAAGGCGGUGUUUCUUUGGCUUACAUUAUGCCCAACUUGCAACCUCCUAUCAAAACCACCGACGAAGCACUUGCCUACAAGAAGGAAUUGCAAGCAUUGGCCCCCAAUGUCACUUUCCUCAUGACUCUGUACUUGUCACCCGAGUUGACCGUCGAGGAAGUUCGCAAGGCCAGCAAGGCCGGUAUCCGAGGUGUCAAGUCUUACCCUCGAGGUGUGACCACCAACAGCGAGAGUGGUAUCGAAUCCUACGAAGUGUAUUACCCUGUGUUCAAAGCCAUGGAAGAAGAAGGUCUGGUGCUCAACUUGCACGGUGAAAUUCCCAGUGAUCACAACAACAAUGUUUGCGUGAUGAACGCAGAGGAGAAGUUUUUGCCCGAGCUUGAGAAAUUGCACAAGGCUUUCCCCAACCUUAAGAUCGUGCUCGAACACGCCACCUCUCAGGCCGCCGUCGAGAUGGUCAAGCGUCUGGGUGACACCGUCGCUUGCAGUAUCACUGUCCAUCAUUUACAACUGAUCGUGGACGAUUGGGCUGGUCAGGCUCAUCAUUUCUGUAAACCCGUCGCCAAGUACCCCAAUGAUCGUAACGCUUUGAGAGAAGUGGUCGCCAGCGGUCAUCCUCGUUUCUUCUUGGGUACCGAUUCCGCUCCUCACCCUAGCCACGCCAAGGAAUCCGCUCACGCUCAUGCGGGUGUCUUCACCACUCCUCUUGUCUUGCCCUACCUUGCCAAGAUCUUUGAAGAAAUUGGAUGUCUCGACAAGUUGGAGAAUUUUGCAUGCCAUUUCGGAAAACAAUUCUAUCAGGUGACCCAAAAGGACGGAUUUGAGACCGCCACAGUGACGCUUGUCAAGGAAGACAAUGUGGUUGUCCCUCAGCAAUAUGCUAUUGCCACCGAUCCUUCCACUCAAGGUGACCUCGGUGCCGUGGUACCUUUUUUGGCCUCCAAGAACAUUGGCUGGAAGAUUGCCAAGAACUUUUGUUAA